CCCAGAGCAUUCCUCCUCCUGUCCCGCUUAGAAUGAGCAGUCCCGUUAUCUGCUGCAUGCCAGGGCUCCUCUCUCCCCCUCCCCUCUCCUCCACCCCCCCCAACCCAUAAUACUCCCUGCCAAAAAAACAAGCUCCUCACCCCCCCUCCUUCCUCAUUUCCUUAACAGCAUUUCCUGAGCUGAAUAACCCAGUGAUUUGUAAGAAAAGGAGGAAAGAGAGAGAAAAAAAAAAAAAUUACAGAUAGGUCCAAAAAAAAAAAAAAAAGGGUUCCUCUGCAGACAGUGGGACUGUAGCACAUCUUUAGCCGGGCUGCGUCUGGCCGGGGGAGUGAGGGAUCCCAGUGUAGGAGAAGCUCUUCCCUUCAUUGCUUUUCUGACUGCUGCUUAGGUGGCACAUUUAGCCGGCAGCCUCUCCCCACUGGAGGUGAUGUCCCCCCCAGCCCUUAAGUGUCUGUCACUGGGGCACCUAGAACUUCUCCCACCCCUCCUAUCUGCCUGCCCCCUUCCCAGCACCCCCCAAGCCCACUGACAGCUGAACUUCAACUGGAGCUGCCUGGAUUUCCAUGGGCUGCCUGGGACUCUAUAGGACACCCCGAUGCUCCCUGCGCACCCCUGAAUGCAAGGCUCCUUCUGCCCCUGGGCACCCCAACAGGAUUUAUUUGAUUUAAUUCCCUUUCUAACUUGGAUAGGGAGGGGGGGGUCCCUCUCUGGACCAACUCAUGAAGAACAAGGGAGCUAAGACGAAAUUUAAGAAGAAAGGGUCCAUUGGUGCAUUCGGCUGCGAUCUGACGGAGUAUCUGGAGAACUCGGGGCAGGAUGUCCCUCACGUACUGAAGAGCUGCGCAGAGUUCAUCGAAACGCACGGCGUGGUGGAUGGAAUCUACCGUCUGUCUGGGGUGACGUCCAACAUACAGAAGUUAAGGCAAGAGUUUGGGUCGGAUCAGCCCCCAGACCUGAGCAGAGAUGUGUACCUGCAGGACAUUCACUGUGUGGGCUCCCUGUGCAAGUUGUACUUCCGGGAGCUGCCCAACCCGCUCCUGACCUACCAGCUCUACAGCAAGUUCACAGAUGCGGUAUCAUGCUCGGUGGACGGGGACAAACUUUCCCAAAUUCUGGAAGUCAUACAGGAGUUACCUCCUACCCAUUACAGGACCCUGGAGUACCUGAGCAAACACCUGACCCACAUUGCGUCCCACAGCUCUACUACCAACAUGCACAUCAGGAACCUGGCCCUUGUCUGGGCACCCAAUCUACUCAGGUCCAAAGAGAUAGAAGAUGCCGGCUGCAAUGGGGACGCGGCGUUCAUGGAGGUUCGUGUCCAGCAGUUUGUCAUUGAGUUCAUCCUCAACCACGUGGACCAGAUCUUCAACAAGAUCCCAGCUGCCCCCAUUAAACAGAAGGAGGAAUGCCGAGUGGUGAUGAUGAAGAGCAUGACUUUGCCGUCAGGGUCACUUCCCAUGAAGCUGGUCAGCCUGGAGGAGGCCCAAGCCAUGAGUCUGUCUGCCACCCACCCUGCCCGGAAGGAGAGGAGGGAGAACAGCCUGCCCGAGAUUGUGCCCGUCACCGGGUCCCUGUUCCACACCGUCAUCGACCUUCCUGAGAACAAGAGGAAACUCUCCACCAAAUCUAAGAAGUGGAAGUCGAUCUUUAAUCUGGGUCGGUCCGGAACGGAAUCCAAGACGAAACUGAGCCGCAAUGGGAGUGUCUUUGUGCGGGGGCAGAAGGAGAUGAGUGAGAAAGCCACCAUACGCCCGGCCAAGAGUAUGGAAUCACUCUGUUCCUUGCCAGCAGAAGGAGAAGACGAGAAGCUGAGCCGAUUCAAAAGAUCGGUGGCCACCGGGGGCUUUUUCAUACCAGCGCUGAAGUCUCGGGCCACCGGAACAGGUAGCACUUAUGAUGUCAGCAAGCAUGAAGGCGAAUGGGAUGCAGAGGACCUCUCAGGGGCCACGGGAGGGUUGGGUUCUGCCCAUAUAAAUGGCAAGACCCCUCAACCCAAGCCACCGCCUGAACAAAUGAAGGUCUUUCGGGCCGGCGAUGAUCUGGAUAGUGAGCAGACAUCUCCAAAGAUCCGCAAGAUGUUUUAUACCGCGGGUGACGGAGCAGCCAAAUCCAGCUUUCCCGGUAGCCUCUUCCCCCUGGAGGCCUCUCCCAGGCACCAGAGAAAAGCCAUGAACAUCUCAGAGCCAUUUGCAGUGUCGGUACCUCUACGAGUGUCGGCUGUGAUCAGUACCAACAGUACCCCGUGCCGAGGGUCGGCCAAGGAGAGACCUCUACUCUCCAGCCUGGAGGAACUUCCUUUGCUGGAUCCCGAUAGGAUCGAUAGGAUCACCAAAUCGGCAACACUGGAAAAAUGCAGCCAUAUUGGGAUCAAGGAAAGGCCGCGUUCUCCCACCAUUGGGAACAGCGAUAAGCAAGCAGGACCAAAGAGAUCGUGUUCCAAUGAGUCCGAUACGGAAACUGAAGAGGCGACUCUUACCAUCAAAGAGAUUUUAUUGGAGAUGCUGCAGGAGCAAGAGGCGAGUGAGAUGGCACAGAGGAAAAUGGCGGCAGAACAGGCACCACCCCCCGCUGAUAAUUUACAGGCUGCUAUCAGCUCCCCCGCCUCUGGGCCUGACCCAGACUCCGCAAAGUCACAGAAAGUGGAAAACCCAAGGAACCAACCAGACCCAACAUUCCACAUUGCCCAGGAGGAAGACACGACCCUCUCUUUUCUUGACCCUCUCUGGUCAGAUAUUCAGCAAGAAUUAAAGAUCAUUGAGUCCGAAGAAGAGUUUCCUGUAUCGGAGCCUUCAACGGACUUGGAAGAAAUUCCGCCCCCCUCGGCCGUACCUGAAGGCUCGUCGGACACUGUACAGCCCAGCUCUGACUUCAUACAAAGUCCUCUGCUGCCUGAAGGAAAUAACGAUGGUGCUGUUGUAAACUCCUUAGAGCUCGAGGAACCCGACAUUCAACAUAGCGACAGCCUCCCAAAGCAGGACUCUAUUCAGCCACAGACAAAACUGGAAAACAUUCCUCAAAGUUCAGACUUGGACCUUGUGCAAGUGGAGGCAACUGACUUUCUUCUACCUCAGGAAAACCAGCUUUGCAAUGAGCACGAAGGACCUUUGAUUGGUGAGAAAGAGAUUUGUGACCCGGACAAAGGAAAUAGCACGUUGGGUUCCCCUGAACCUGUGCCCAUUAAGAGUGAAACUGGAGGUUCCAAUCAGUUGGAAGCCCAAGAGAAGGAGAAAGUGGAGGUUACUGUAGACACAGUGGAGUCCGGUAGAGACAAGAACGUACAAAUGCUGAGGUUAGAAAGAAAGUCUAGUGGGUCUUUAGAGAACGAUGAUGAGCUUGGUGGAGACAAUGUGCAAACGUUUGAGCUGGAGGAAUUCUGGGAAGAUCACCAGUGGGUGACAAGUCCACUGCACUCGCCAAAAUUAAAAAACGUUCCUGAUAAGGAAGCUCCGACAAUCCAGCCGAAACGUAGGGGAACCACGGGGGAGCUUUAUAAGAGGCCCGAGUUCACUCGCAGUCUCUCUCUAGACAGCAAAGAUACUCGAACGAGCAAAUGGACAUGUAGAUUUGUAGGUGCGAAUAGAGUUGAAGGUCUGCUCCAUCUCAGGUCUGAAACGGACACGUCGGUGCAGCAGAACUCACACAACGAUUCUGAAAAGACCCGGAAUGUGGGUAAAAUCAUGAACUUAUCUGCACAUGAAAACCAAAAUGGAUCCGGUUCUGGAGAGAGUAAAAAUGAUAAAGAACACGGGGACGACCCUUUGCUGCAACUCCCGCAGAUCAAGAGCCACGAAAUGUUUAAUUCGACUCUGAUGCUGCCUGCGUUGCCUUUCAACUCCGUAGCGGUGCAGAACAGAAACGGGCCCCCCACGGUUUCUGAUCUGGAACAGUCGGUUGAGAAUAACCUCAACAAGGAGGAGGCAUCAGGGAGACCCAAAACCCGACCUUCUUCCUUGAGUUUGGACACUUCCAGUCCUGCGGGGGAAUUAUUUACAUUUGAGCGGGCAGCCAGCUGUGGUUCUAGUGAUAUAGGUGCUCAGAAAAUCCAUGCAAACCCAAAAAUGUCCAACAAUAUAAACCAGGGAGUGGGGGAUUCAUGGACUUAUCCCUCGUCGUUGCAAACCAAAGACUCUGACUUGCCAUAUGUGCCUUCCGCCCAUGCUCCUACUGGUCGACGCAACUCGGCACCUGUGAGUGUGUCAGCAGUGAGGGCCUCUUUCAUGAUUAAGAUGUGCCAGGCCAAAGCUGUACCCGUCAUACCUCCAAAGGUCCAAUAUACCCAAAUUCCUCAGCCGUUGAACACAGUAAAUGCAGAUUCUGAAGUUCUUCCAGCUGAGAAAAUACAAGUAAGUCAGCCUGAGUCCAACUCCACUUGCAACUCCGCUGCAAGCCAGACUUUAACUCCAUGCAAUGCCCACGUUGAUAAACCAAAGGUCUUCAAGCCUGAGAAAGAAGUUGUGGAGGAGAAGGAAAACAACGAUCCAAUCUCGUUAGACUCUUCCCAUCAGUCCAACAGUAGCAGCCAGGGAGAUAGCCGUGUUGUUUCUCAAGAUGCCCCAGUUCUUCGUCGCAAACGUACCUCCGAUGGGGAAGCUAGUGGAGACACGCCUUUGUCAUCCAAACUUGAUAGGCCUUCUGGUUUUUCAAAGCCCAACUUCAGGUCCAGACCUGGAAGACCUCAGAGUCUUAUCCUUUUCAGCCCCCCUUUCCCGAUUAUGGAUCAUCCCACUCCCGCUGACUCCAGAAUUCUUUUGUCCCCCAUCAAAAGCCCAAGUCACACCACCUCCCAGGAGUCGGCGUUGGAGAACCAAAGAACUCCCGAAGGGGUCGUACUAAGGAACAAACUAACCAUUCCCAAAAACGGACAAAGACUGGAGACAUCUACAAGUUGUUUCUACCAACCUCAGAGGAGAUCUGUCAUUCUUGACAGCCGGAGCGGGAGGCAAAUCGAAUGAAGGACGUUGAAUUCACUUCUAAAAUUUUGUAUUUGUCAGAAUUAAUAUAAUGUUAAAGUAUUGGAAGCAGUGCAGGGAGGGUGUUGUGCUGUUAUUUUAUUUUCUGUUGCGAUUUUAUGGAAUAAGGACAUGUGUUUCAGUGCCGGGAAAGUAUUGCCCACAUCAUAAAGUAUUGACCCACACACAAGAAUAGCUGUGAUUGGUUGUUGAGAGAACCCCAAAACCACAGGAUCUCUUUCUGGACCAUCAGUGGCUUUCCCUUGUCUACAGUUCUCAGCACCCCAAGAGCCUUCAGCUUUUGGACCUUCAUGGUGACCUGUUUCUGCUCAGGUACCUUAUGUUUCCUUAAUCCAAAGUGAUGGUCGGACUGCAGUGCAGUUCGCAUCAUGUGAAUCCAGCCAAUCGGUAGGCAAGAUAAUGGGUCAUGGAAGGCCCAGUAUAGAGAAGUCAACCUCCCUCGAUGAUUUUGGACUUAGACACCUCCACCCCUGGUAAACCAUGUCCCGUUCUGGGCCAAGUUAUUGACUUUAGAAUUGUCCUUAGUACAGGCAAUGGCUCUCUCUGUAUGGGCUAUUACGGAACCUAUGGAGUUGUAUGUAUUACAGAGAAUACAAUCUGUCCAGCUAGCCACACCCACAGUUAUGACAGGCCACACCCCUUUUGUUUAUUAGCUUUAAUUUAGUUCUUCAUAGACACUUGUGGGAAAAACCUGUGGAGUUAUAUGUAUUACAGAGAAAACAAUCAUUUUAGCUAGCCACACCCUCAGUUAUGCCAGGCCACACCCCUUUUUUUUAGUUUAUUAGCUUCAAUUUAGUUCUAUAAAAUGCAGAAUCCCAAUCACAGUAGGAAAAAUUCCUGGGAAUGUGAAGAAAGUUUUACACACCUUUUACCCCCUUUCCAAAUCCCUCGUCCUGCCUCCACGAAUAACCCCCACGUGCGUGUAUAAAGGAGAGUAUUCGAUUUUAGCAGCUUUUCUCUCACCCUAAUAUUUUAUUUUAGCUCUUGUGCUUGAAAAAAUAUUUUCAAAGCAUUUUUUGAAUUUAACUUUUUUUUUUUUUUACCUUGUGUUUAUACAGCAAAUCCGAAUGUCUGCCGAGCGCAAGGGGCGGAGUUAUGUUCAUUCUAAGGGCCCUCACCAUUAUUAUAGGAAAUCUGCUGCAUUGCUAAUGUUAAAUUGCUGUAUUAUAUGUAAACAGGGGAUCUACGGACUCUGUAACUAGGGGCGAUCCCCCCAGAGCAACGCGGCUAAAACCUAUUUUGUAUAAUAAUAUAAAUAUGAAAAAUGAUAAAUAUAUUUUUAGAAAGUGGAUUGUGAAGUGGCCCUGUAAACUGGACUAUGGAUCCGGCGGGAAAAUGUUAUAAAAAAAACAAAAAACUAAGGUGCUACAUGUGUAUUUAAUUGUCUCACUUUCUAAUAAACUGGAAAAGGCAAAAUGGCUGAAAA